UUCCUUUCGUCCCUGCGGUCCAUCCUCAUGCUGAGAUCCUGUAUUUGUUCAUAAGCUUCGCCGAUCCCCUUCGGGCCCUUCCCCAGACUGUCUUUCCUUCUUCCUAUCUGUCGGGUCCUCGAUUAUAAUAUUCCUGUCUCUGUCUCAGUCUCAGAACCAAAUAUCUCCUCGACUAUUUACACAGCUGCCUCCCCCCUGCGCAUCUUUCUUCCAUUCUAUACAUUAAAGCGCGGAUCCCUUCCUACCACCUACCGUUUCCUCUUCCAACACAUUACUCUUCUUGUGUUGAUCAUCUUUCACCCUCGAUUCUCUAUACCUGAUCUUCCUGAUUCACCUCUCCUCCUUCCUUCCUUCCAACCAAAUCGCACGCGCGCAGUUGCUUGCUCUCUGUUUGUUGUGUCCCUACUUUCCUAGGGAUACUCCGAUCGUCACCGUCAACCACGCUACCUCUCUUCAACGAUCAGCUUCCGCUACGCGCGAUCACCACUAUUCUCCAUGACGAUGGUCAUUGAAAACCAAAACCGCCAAUACGGCGGGAUGGGCUUUGAUAGUGUCUAUCAACACAACAUCCACCACACCCCUCCUCAAUUCACCGAUCCAUGGGCCGCCGCUCAAACAACCUCCCACUCCAACCCUCCCGUAUAUGCGACAGCCCUGGCACCCAGCCCGAUUGGCCUCAACCAUGUCAAGCAGGAAGAAGUGAGCCGCCCGGCGGCGAUGUCGAUGUCAUAUUCUAGCAUCCCCGUUUCCGCUCCGUCCAUGGUUGCCGGAAGCAACUAUUCCACUGCCACUGCCACAAGCUACCCCGGACCGGAGAUGAUGGGAUUGUCGCACGAUAUCCCACGCACAUCGUUCGAGCAAGCUCCCGCUUACACCACAGCUUCCCCCAUGACCAGCUAUGCGCCAGCCAGCUAUGCACCUUUGAGCUACGCUCCCCACAUGCACCAAGACCGACGGAUAUCCCAUGCUGAUGCUCGCGUCAGUCAAUCGCAUCCUGCUUCUGCCCCGACUUUCGGUGACGCUCUGGAUGCUAGCCGGGGAAUGGUCGCGCUUAGCCAGGAUUUGACGCCCCGCAACAUCUAUGGUCCUCGCAGUGCGCGAGGCUCCGGCGACUCCUAUGGCUUCCCCUCGACUCACUCUUCGGGAUCUUCGAUCUCCUCCGCUAGCAACUACCCUUACUACAGUGCCUCGGUGGCAUCUGUGGAAUCUUCGGUUACCGAUUAUAGCUCGACCACCUCGGAAUCCUACGAGAACGGUCAUUUGUCGCGGACCCUUCCGCGCCCAUCGAACCUUUUGACGGGAAGCGCACCUCCCGGACCUCAGUCCAUGAUGAGUCAGUUUAGCUCCAAGAUGCCGUCCAACACACAGAAGAAGCACAAGUGCAAGGUGUGUGACAAGCGGUUCACCCGCCCGUCGUCGCUUCAGACCCAUAUGUAUAGCCACACUGGCGAAAAGCCAUUUGCAUGUGACGUGGAAGGCUGUGGUCGCCACUUCUCGGUUGUCUCCAACCUGCGUCGACACAAGAAGGUUCACAAAGGAGAAAAGGAGGGCGGAUCCGGCGACGACGAGGAGUAAAUUCAAUGACCCUCCUUGUCCACGUCGAACGCCUCUCUCAUCCCUCUCACAGCGAAGAGGGGCGAAUUCAACAUUUCAUCUCUACGUCGUGCGAUGAUCACAUUGUGCGACGCGGCCUGUCUCAAUGAUGGGGCCUCCUCCUUUGUACAACAGCAUCAUUUCCUCCACCAUUUUCUCUUUCCCGACUCGCCCGACGUGGCUGAGUGUUGAUACCCCGUUUAUAUUUUCUCUUUUUCUUACUGUUUAUUUCCCCCGUUAUAUCUUUUCCCUUCUAUCUUAUAUCCCCAAGGACAAGCAGGACAUGGUACAACGGCUUGGGUGGGUUGUUCGUGAUGUCUUGAAUACCCAGAGUUAUGACCAUAGAGGUACCGGUUGUUUUGUCUUCAUUGUCUUUUUUUUUUUUUUUUCUUGUUU